UUGAUUAGUUUUUAGCAAAACGCCAAAACGAACGAACACGCUCCAUACUACGCGAGAAAAUAAUAAUCCUAGCAAUAUGAACUGUUUAUCCGCGACCUUCAAGUACCUGCUGUACUUGCUCAAUGUCGUCUUUGUGGCAGGAGGCAUUCUGCUGAUUGUUGUGGGCUCGAUUAUGCUAUCAAGCAUGGGCACCUUUGGCUCCUUCAGUGACUCCAUUAGUACUCAGACAAUUCCUAUUUGUAUAAUAGUGCUUGGCUGUGUCAUCUUUAUUGUUUCCUUCUUUGGCUGCUGCGGCACCAUACGUGAGAAUUCUUGCUGCACCACUAUCUAUGCUGUCUGCAUGUUUAUUCUCUUUGUGUUGCAACUGACUCUCUCAAUCUGGAUCUUUGUGCAAAAUGAUAAAUUUGUUAGCAAAAUGGGUGAACUAGUAGAUACGGCCUGGACUCAGAAUGAUGCCACUAAUGGUUAUCCCAUGGAUGUCUUGCAACUUUCGUUCCAAUGCUGUGGUAAAACUGGAUAUCAAGAUUACGUUACAGUGCCCGCCUCCUGCUGCGGCUAUUCGGAUCGUACUAAGGCCUGCGAUGUCUCUAUUUACAGUCACCGUCCGCCCUGUCGUCAAGAGUUCACCGAUUUCUGGCGCAGCAACACAAGGAUUAUCUCGUGGAGCAGUUUGGUUAUAGCUCUCUUUGAACUCGGCAUCUUCAUUAUAUCCUGCUGCUUGGCCAGUGCUAUGAGAAAGCGUUAAGACUCUCUCCUUCAUUAGUAACAACAUCACAGCCUUUACUAGCCAUAAAUAAACAAAUAGUCCUAAUACAUUUUUUAUACUCUGUUUUGAUGGAUCACAUAAAGUAACUGUUAUGUUAUCGCUCGAGCACUCUUAA